CUGAGUCUCAGAGAGGCAGAGUGGGCUCCAUCUCUCUCUGUCACGGCCACAAAUGAGAAGGGAAACUUAAGCGUGGAUCUACGGUCUCCAUCAGUGAAGAUGGCUCCACGCAUUCCUCCCUGGUUCUUUGGAUUAUCUCUUCUUGUCCUGUGGUCUUGUCAUCGGUGCUCUACCUAUCAGCUGCUGGACGAGCGGGGUUCUCAGAGCGCCUUUGACCUGACAGAGCUGAUCGGCGUCCCCCUCCCUCCCUCCGUCUCCUUUGUCACCGGCUUCGAGGGCUACCCAGCCUACAGCUUCGGUCCAGACGCCAACGUGGGCCGCCUCACUAAGUCCUUCAUUCCCGACCCCUUCUAUCACGACUUUGCCAUCACGGUCACGGCUAAACCGACCACACGUCAUGGCGGCGUGCUGUUCGCCAUCACAAACGCCUAUCAGAAAAUUGUGCAGUUGGGUGUGGCGCUGUCAGAAGUGGAGGACGGGUCCCAGAGAAUCAUAUUGUACUACACUGACCCGGAAAAUGAAGGCGGGACCCAAGAAGCAGCUUCCUUCAAAAUGGGAGACCUGACAGGAAGAUGGGCGAGGUUUACGUUGACUGUGCAGGGAGCAGAGGUGCGUCUCUAUAUGGACUGUGAGGAAUACCACAAAGUUGCCUUCACCAGGAGCGCGCAGCCUCUGACAUUCGAGGCCAGCUCAGGCAUCUUUGUGGGGAAUGCUGGUGGGACAGGCCUGACGAGGUUUGUGGGCUCUAUCCAGCAGCUGGUGCUGAAGUCAGAUCCCACCGCCCCGGAGGACCAGUGUGAGGAGGACGAUCCUUACGCCUCUGGAUAUGGGAGCGGUGAUUAUGAAUAUGGAGACUUGGAGCGAACAGACGAAGUGAAGAAGAUAGUGGAGGAGAGAGAAUAUACAAUGCCCUUCCCUGAGCUGGAUCCCACAUACAGCUCCCCUGUCCAAGCUCCUCCAAGUGGAAUUUCAUUCAGUGACGACGAAGACUUUGAAGAGACAUCUGGACAGGAGAUGGGGACAACAGCAGCAGCCGAGAGAUCACUUCACACAGCUGCUCCUACCUCCAAACCUGCCACGGUGUCUCCCAGACAGAAAGGUGAGCAAGGCGAGCCCGGUCCAGCUGGUCCUACAGGACCCCCCGGCCCUCCAGGAGGAUCGUCUGGAGAGGGAGGAGUCCCUGGACCACAAGGUCCACAAGGUCCACUAGGACCCCCAGGGCCCCCUGGAAAGCCUGGUGAAGAUGGAAAACCUGGAAGUAAAGGUGAAACGGGCCUCCCGGGUGCAACGGGAUUUCCAGGACUACAAGGAGAACCUGGUCCAAAGGGCGAAAAGGGUGAUCAUGGACUUGGACUGCCUGGUCCCCCGGGCCCUCCUGGCCCUCCUGGUCGCCUUAGCAAGUCACCCAUGAUCCUGGAGGGGUCUGGAUUUGAAGGCUUUGACAGUGACGAUGAGAUGAUUCGGGGUCCUCCGGGGCCUCCAGGUCCCCCGGGAAUACCAGGGCCCCCGGGAACCCCGUCGGAAGGUGUCCUGCCUGGGCCAACCGGCGCUCCUGGGAGAGAUGGAAAGGCUGGAGAGAAAGGUGAACCUGGACUGCCUGGAGUCAGUGGAAAAGAUGGCGAUCCGGGGCCUGCUGGGGAGAAAGGAGACAAGGGAGAAUCUGGUCCGAGUGGGCAACCUGGACCGAAGGGUGAUCAGGGUCCACCAGGGUUUCCAGGGAUACCAGGAACAACAGGCCCCGAGGGGCAUCCAGGUCCCAGGGGUCCUCCAGGCCCUCCUGGGCCCCCAGGAACCAUAGGAAGAGGAUUUGCCCCCUUGUUUGAGGACCUGGAAGGAUCUGGGAUGCUGGCUGGUAUUGAUGUCACAUCAUUCAGAGGUCAACAGGGUCCUCCGGGAAUUCCUGGACCUCAAGGACCCAAGGGUAAAGAUGGUUUAGAUGGCCCCCCAGGACAGCUGGGCCAAAAGGGGGAACCGGGUGUCAGGGGACCACAAGGAAUUCCCGGACUGGACGGAUUAAGAGGGGCCGAGGGACCAAAGGGGGACCAAGGAGAUUCUGGACAAAAGGGGGAGGCUGGACGGGAUGGUCAAAGUCUACCAGGCCCUCCAGGACCACCUGGACCACCAGGAACCAUUUUGAACCUUCAAGAUCUUCUACUUAAUGAUACAGAUGGUGUAUUCAACCUCUCAGGGAUUUUUGAAGCUCAGGGACCUGCUGGACCAAAGGGGGAUGUCGGGUUGCCAGGGUUACGAGGACCUUCAGGUCUGAAGGGUGAAAAGGGUGAGCCGGGAUUGCUCAUUGCAGCUGAUGGAGCCAUGAUGUCAGGCCUGGAUAGACCAAUGGGGCCCAAAGGAGUCAAGGGAGACAACGGUGUUCCUGGAGCUCCUGGAAUACCGGGGCCAAUGGGGCCGUCGGGCAUCAAAGGAGAAUUGGGUUUACCUGGACGACCAGGUCGUCCAGGGCUGUUGGGGCCUAGAGGAGAGAAAGGGGACGCUCGGGGACUGCCAGGACUUCCUGGUCCUCCUGGACCUCCCGGUCGGCCAGGAAUAUUCAACUGUCCAAAAGGGACUGUGUUCCCCAUCCCUCCCAGACCCCACUGCAAAAUGCCCCUUAAUCCCAAUGGAACGAUCACAGCUGGUAACUGCCAAGAAGGACCAAAAGGAGAAAAAGGGGAGAGGGGCCUUCCGGGGAUGCCAGCUCCAUCAAGUGGAUUUAUCCCCAGAGGAGGAUGGGUAAGGCGUCAUGAGGGGUUCACGGGGGAGCAGGGCAUCAAAGGGGAGAAGGGGGAAAAGGGGGUGGCGGGGCAUCCAGGUAUCCCUGGCAGAUCAGGACUGGUGGGGCCUAAAGGGGAUUCAGUGCUCGGUCCUCCGGGUCAACCAGGAGUACCAGGCCCACCUGGCAUCCCAGGCCUUGGCAGACCUGGUCCUGCUGGUCCACCUGGACCUCCGGGUCCUCCGGGGUCCCUCGGAUUGCCAUUGAGAUACGGCUCAGCAGCUCUGACCAUUGCUGGCCCUCCGGGGCCCCCUGGACCUCCAGGACCAACCGGACCUCCGGGAGGUUCAAGCAACUCGGCAGGUGUCAAAACCUUUUCGAACCGGGAGAGCAUGAUGCAGCAAACCCUCAGGGACGCAGAGGGGACUCUGGCCUAUGUCUCAGAAUCAGGAAGUCUCUUCCUCAAAGUUUCCCAGGGAUGGAAAGAGAUACAGCUCAGCAGUCUCAUCUACCUCUCCAGCAACAUUAUACCACAAGAUGAGCCUCGGGUUGCCUAUCACGUCAGAGGAGACACGAUGCAAAGAAUUCCUUCAAUUAAGUCGAGGCUCACCCUGGUGGCCUUGAAUCAGCCCCACUCGGGAGACAUGAUGGGGCUGGACAUGGCCGAUCGGAUGUGUUAUGAGCAGGCUAAAGCGAUGGGUUUGAGUCCCUUCUACCGCGCCUUCAUUUCAUCCCACAAGCAAGACCUGGCCAAUGUUGUUUAUCCCGGUUUCCGGGACAGUCUACCGGUGACCAACCUCAGGGGAGAUGUGAUGUUCCGGAACUGGCAGUCGAUUUUCAGCGGGAACGGGGGUGUAUUCAGUCCCAGGAUCCCCAUCUACUCCUUUGAUGGCCGGGACAUUUUGGCGGACCCUUUCUGGCCUCAGAAGAACAUGUGGCACGGCUCCACCAGCAGGGGUCUGAGAGCGGUGGACAAACACUGCGAGACGUGGCGAGCGGAUGACCUGUCCGUCAUGGGCCAGUCGUCCAACCUGAGCGCAGGCCUUCUGCUCGGCCAGCACACGCGAAGCUGCUCCAACGAGUUCAUCAUCCUCUGCAUCGAGACCAAUAAAAACCGCUAACUCAUCCCAAACGCCACCGUCGACCCUCAGACACGCCCGCAAAACAUUUGAGGAUGUUUUCAACACAUCGUUCGGUGCUCUGUGUAGCAUUUCGUGUGGUUUAAAAACCUCAGACUUCGUGGUUUACUUUUACAAAGAAGUCCCCUCGUUCCUCCUUGAUCAUUUUUCUUAUAAAGGAGGCUUAAAUACUCCUGAAUUGGUUCCUGGUGUCAAGCUAAGAUUAGGUGUUGACGUCCUUUGGUGUUGGAGAGCAGUUUAAAGAUUUUGGACCUGCUGGCACAUAUUUGGAUGUAGAAUAAAUCACAAAGGGGUGGGUGUGUUGCUUUUAAGAGGUAACGCAAAAAGCACAAUCACGGCAUGCA